AUGCAUGCCAUACAAGAGAACGAGGUCGCGCAGCUUCGUGCGCUGACCGAUUCUCUUGAUCUGCAGACCAAAUAUGUCGAGCGGUAUCUGGAUGUGCUGCGAGAUGUCAAGGCUGGUUGGAUCGACGAGGCAACCGUUACGCGUCUGGAAACAACACGACCGAGAGGACCCAUGCAUAUGUUCACUCAGCCGCCAGAGCUUUCGCGUUUAGAAUCCGUCCGCUCCACCAAGUCUGAAUCCUCAGCCAGGCGAUCCACGCACAGCGACUCAGAUGAAAAUUCUGACGACGAGGAGCGAGUCGCUCCCAAGCGCUCACGAGGGCUCUCACUGACACGGCACAAGUCCGAGGCGAGCACCAAACAGGCCUCACGCUCGCCAUCUUGUCCUCCGUUCUGUCCGUCAUCGUGCGCGUCUCGCGACCGUGCAGACAGCGCUGCAAACGACAAGUCAGAAAGUGAGAAGCCGCGCAAUCGGACGAGCGUGGCGGUAUGGGCAUCGAGCGCGGCCAAUGCUGUCAGCUCCGUAACCGGGCGAGGGAAGAAGGACAAGGAGAACUUCGCCGCGCUCAAGGAUGACUCUGACCGUAGCGAUGGCGACGCGCAAAGUGUUCACGACAGUGAGAACAGCCGUCUCUCGAGUGCGCUGUCAUUCCAACGGAAGAACAAGUAUCACAAGAACAAGAGCGUGUCGUCAACACCCGCGCCGUCGCCUAAAGUCCCAAUGCACACGCCUAAGUCGCUCUCGCAGAGUAAGGACGGCCGCAAAAUCGCGGUGGUGAAUGAGAUGCUGGACGGGUGGUGGAUGGGCGAGCUGUACGGCAAGCGCGGACUGUUCCCCACCAACUACACAGAGUUCAUCUCGUCUACGCCGCCCAUCCUGCCGCCUCCGCCUGCGAUGAGCCGCAUCAGCGAGCGAAGGCUUCUCGGGAACGACGACGUGGACAGACAGUACCUGAUGAGCAGCGACCACGAGGAGCACCCCUUCGGCGACCACAACCUCGUAGAGAACCGGAGCCCGAUGUAUGGGAGGUUCGGCUCGUCCAGCGGCCCAGAUAGUUCCCACGAAGAAGAGGAGGCUGCGCGGACGCGCACCCAGAGAUUCCUCGCGGAUGUCGAGAAGACGACGCAGCUCGCCAAUCAACCUGCCAUCACUCAUAGAGCGACGGGCACGUCCCUCGCGCGGAAGCCCCCACCACCUCCGCUGCGGCGCACCACGAACAACGUCCUUGCGCACUUGAGCGCGCCCCUAUCUUCGUCGCAGUCCUCGAGCACGAACUCGUUCGUUGCUAUGGCUUCGACGCCGACCAAGGCACAGCCGAACUUUGAGGAUACGCUCACGCAGUCUCCGUUUGAAUGA